AUGCAUCAAAUCGAUACUCGGAUUAUUGUGUUGGAUGUUAUGGAAAUGCUGGGUCAUAAUUUAACAUUGGAACAAUUGUCAACCUUCAGAAACAAUCAUUUGGCAGAAUUGCCUUCCCAUGAUUUGGCAAUGCUUAUCAGACAUGGAUAUGAGGGUGGAAUAGCGUAUGUGAACGGCAUGUGUGGCCAGUCAGCAGUUGGAAUAACCGGAUUUCUACCUGAUGCUCCGCUGGAAUAUGCAGCAGUGUUUUUUCAUGAGUUAGCACAUCUGCUGGGACUAACUCAUGAUGCUGUUGCGGACUGUUUCUGUGGCAGUAACGACGAACCGUGCUUGAAAAUUGAGUCUGUUACUUUUUUACAGCAAUACAAAAUUAAACUUAAAAGUUUCAGCGGUUUUGAUGACUGUUCAGUGCAAGCGCUUGUUGAACGGCUUCCGGCACAUCACUGUAUUCAGAAUCCACCAAAAGCUCUCCCGAAAACAGUUUUACCAAUAUGCGGUAAUCAUUUUCUUGAACCAGGCGAAGAAUGUGAUUGUGGACCAGAAAGGUUUGUUAAUUCAGUAGCUUGGUUUUGCAAAUCGUUAGUGUGUAAUGCUGUAACUUGUCGACGGACAAUUACUGAUAUGCAGAUGUUUAUUGGUGUUGGCAUUCUUUUACUUUGCGCAGCAGUUGUAAUAAUUUGUUGCCAGUGGACAAAAAGGCAUAAAAUUGUUGCUACAUUAAACGAACGUGAACCUUCAGGGAUUUCAACAAGAACUUGGAACACACCAACAUUUACACCGCUGAAAAAUUCUCAUUCCGAUUCUGACAUUCCAAUAUGGAAAACAGCAAUAAAUGGUGAAAAUAAAGAAGGAACCUAUUCAUCAUUUACGGCUCUAAUCCCACCAUUGAAGUCACCAAAUACGGACUCUUGCAAGAAUCCCGAAUUACCUCCACCGCUGCCAAGACCGUCGAAACAGUAUGUCAAAAUCCUUAGAGAAUCCAAAUCUACAGACGAUUUGUCAAAACUUGAUAGGGAUGAUGAAAGAAAAGACAGUUAUCUAAAAAGAAUAAAUAGCGAAACAGCUGCAAGACCAGGAAGAAAACUUGACCGUGGUGCCAAUAAAGCAAUAGUACGAAAACCGCCACCGAUACCAUAUUUGUUGGAUAUUGGCGCACUGGAACUGUCACCGCAGGAGGACAUAGAUGUCAUUCCGGCCACCAUAGAUGACGCCAUGAUCUACGGUACCACAAACAACAAGCAACGAAAACUGUUGAUCAACAAUCCGUUGAACUGUGUGGUUCCAGUUCCAAGGACUGAAGAGCAAGAGCGUCAACACAUGGAAUUUAUCAAUGAAAUAACAAAAGCGAUUUUGAGUGCGCCGCUGAAAGAACUUGAUAGCGAUGAUAAAAAUGUUGAUGAAAAUUUUAUUGAUACAGCACUGGAAGACUGUUCAACGACUAACGUGGAUAAAAUAGACUCUAAGAAGUUUGUGAAUGCAACUAACGAUAUCGAAGAACCUGAUCAUGUUUUUCUAAACUUUUAG